ACAUAUGAAUAACAAAUUACGAUGACGAGUUGUUUUCCCAUCAUAUGAGAGAACCCGUAAUUUCAAAAUUUCGCUAUAAAAGAGAGAACCAGUGCUACUCGCAAUUAGUACUGCUCUUCUCUUCCAGCGAAUAGCACAGGGAACAUGGAUUUUUACUACUCACCUCGCCAAGGCUCUUGGAAUCUAACUGAACAAAAAGAAGAAGAUUACUCCCGGAUGGGAUGAAAACUGGGCGGGUCUGCUACAAUUGAAAACAAUAUACGAGUCCCAAUAAUCCUCAUCAAAGUGUGACGACCUGUAUCUUAUCAUAAACACAAUCAAACUAUAAUCAGAUGAUAAGAUAAGCAACAAAGUGAGACGAAGAGGCGAAGAGAGACAGUUCUGGUAUUGCCUUCCAGCGAAUGACACCCAUAUAAACGAAAUGGAUUUCUAUUACUCGCCCCGUGGAAGUGGAUGCCGCACAGUGAUCAUGGUGGCCAAGGCACUUGGUCUGGAGUUGAACAAGAAGCUAGUGAACACCAUGGAUGGUGACCAGCUGAAGCCGGAGUUCGUGAAGCUCAAUCCCCAGCACACCAUUCCUACGCUUGUGGACAAUGGUUUCUCCAUCUGGGAGUCCCGUGCCAUCGUCGUUUAUCUGAUCGAGCAGUACGCCAAGGACGACUCACUUUUCCCCAAGGAUCCCAAGGAGCAAGCUCUAGUCAACCAACGCUUGUACUUCGACAUGGGAACUCUGUACGAGAGCUUUGCCAAGUACUACUAUCCUCUUUUCCGCACUGGAAAGCCAGGAACUGAUGAGGACUUUAAGAAGAUCGAGAGCUCCUUCGAGUAUCUGAAUAUCUUCCUGGAGGGCCAGGACUACGUGGCCGGUGACCACCUCACAGUGGCCGAUAUUGCCAUCCUCUCGAGCGUUUCCACUUUCGAUAUCUUUGAUUUCGACCUCAGCAAGUAUCCGAAUGUGGCCAGGUGGUAUGCCAAUGCCAAGAAGGUGACUCCCGGAUGGGACGAGAACUGGAAUGGUCUUUUGGAGCUGAAGGCAGUCUCGCACGGCUUAGUCGCAAUGCCAAACUUGGAUCUCUACAAUUUCCCCAAGGCCCCGGCCAGUCGCGCCAUCCAGAUGGUGGCCAAGGCUCUGGGACUGGAGCUGAACUCCAAGCUGAUCAAUACUAUGGAGGGUGACCAAUUGAAGCCGGAUUUCGUGAAGAUCAACCCGCAGCACACCAUUCCCACGCUCGUGGACAACGGAUUCGCCAUCUGGGAGUCCCGCGCAAUCGCCGUCUAUCUGGUGGAGAAGUACGGCAAGCCCGAUUCGCCACUCUAUCCCAAGGAUCCCCACAAGCGGGCUCUGAUCAACCAGAGGCUGUACUUCGACAUGGGCACCCUGUACGACGCUUUGACCAAAUACUUCUUUGCCGUCUUCCGCACUGGUCAAUUUGGAGAUCAGGAAGCUCUGGACAAGGUCAACUCUGCCUUUGGAUUCCUCAACACCUUCCUGGAGGAUCAGGACUUCGUGGCCGGCAGCCAACUGACCGUGGCCGACAUCGUCAUCCUGGCCACCGUAUCCACCGUACAAAUGUUUGCGUUUGACCUCAGCAAGUUCCCGAACGUGGAGAGGUGGUUCAACAAUGCCCAGAAGGUUACUCCUGGAUGGGAGCAAAACAUUGAGAGUCUGCAGCAGGGGAAGAAGUUCCUGGAGGACAUUAAGGCGGCAAAGGAAAAGGAAGGGAAGGCCUAAACAACAUUAUAUAAAUAAUAAAGCUUUGUGUAAAUAUUCAAGUUUGUUUGCAAACUUCUGAAAA